AUGGGUUCUCUCAAUGCUGGAAUGGGAAAUGAUCGAUCCUGUGGGCUUGCGACUAUCAUGGGGAUAGGCAAAGCGGUGCCGGAGCAUGUAGUUCCGCAGAAAUCAUUCCCUGAUUUUUACUUUGAGAUAUCCAACAGCAAUCACAUGGUGGAGCUCAAGGCCAAGUUUGCAAAAAUAUGUCCGCCGCUGUCCCGCGGCCGGUCCUCCACCACUGUCGUGCCACCUUCCGUGCCAAAUCGCCGCCGGCCGGUGGCUCCCCUGCCGGUGCUCUGCUUGGAGAAUGAAGAAGAUGAGUUCGAAGGCAACAUCCAGCAGCUCGCCAAGAAAGCACUGGUGAACGCCGGGGUGUUGACUGGUGACGACGACAGUGACUGGACUGAGGGCCUGUUCUGGGCGGUGCACCCUGGCGGGCGGGAGAUACUGGACAAAGUGGAGAGCAGGUUCGGCCUGAGGAAGGAAAAGCUGGCAGCGUCAAGGGAGGUGUUGAGGCAGUACGACAACACGCUGAGCUCGUGCGUCGUCCUCAUCCUGGACGAGAUACAACGGAGGUUGAAGGGUGACCCAAGUGAUCCUUUGAACAGCUCUAGGAGUCCUGUUGUCGGCGCCGCGCGGGCAGUGCCGUCGUUUAUGGCAGCGGAGGAGGGUAGUCUGGAGCCGCUGGCCGACGCAACAGAAACGGAAGCGGCGGCUGGUCCGGUGCCGGUUCCUACCAAGAGGACGAGGAUCGAUGCCGCGGCAAAGGAGUCAGCGGGUGGGAGCAACACUGGCACAGAGGAGGUGACGCACCAGACGCCCGCUGCAGCAGCAGCAGUAGGAGAGGGUUCGAGUACCUCACCUGCUGCCUCUUCGCUUCCCACCAUAUCGGAUGGCAAUAAGUUGGAUGUGCGGAACUGGAUGGCGGAGUGUAGAAGGAUCCGUGCGAUUUCUGGAGAAGAUCCUCGCCGAAAACUUCCUACGCGGAGAGAGCCCAAGGAUCCACGUACGACCAAUGCCAUGGUGAGCCCAACAGACAAGGUUAUGGUUCGUGGUGUGGCCCGCUCCAUCGUCAGCGUAUCUUCCAUCACGCACGAUGGGUCAAAGAGAGAUCACAGUGUACUGCUACAUGUUGGCUUGCCAAAUAAAACCAUCUUGGAUGGUCAAUUUCUGUUCUUCAAUGAUCAUUAUGGUAUCACUCUACUAGAGAUCGAUGUAGAUUUCCCAUUGGAGUCCCCUACGCUUGGAUCUUGCCCAAACUAUGGUCAAGAGGUUUUUGUCUUGGCUAGAGACAGUGAAUUUUCCUUGAGGGCUAGGCAUGGGGAAAUUUUAUGGUUAGAGGAAUCAGAUUAUAUAGGCCGCAACUACCAGAUAUAUCUCAGCUGUGAAAUCCCAAAGGUGAGCAAUGGAGCACCAGUGAUUGACCACGAUGGCAAUAUCACAGGGAUGACGUUUUAUUGUAACCCAAAUCCUUCUGUUCUUUCCAUCUCUACUAUCAUCAGAUGCAUUGAUAUGUGGAUGACAUUUGGUCGUACUGCACGCCCCAUAUAUGGAUUGGGCUUAAGGACAUUUGAGCUCCUGGAUGUAUCACUCCAGGAAGAGAUCUGUCUUGAUCAUGGCAUCAACAGUGGUUUCAUUGUAGAUAGGGUAUCAUAUGACUCUGCUGCUGAGAGUGUUGGGAUUCUACGUGGAGAUAUGAUUGUUUCGUUGGAUGAGCAACAUGCUAUGACUUUACCUCAGUUGGAAGAUCACUUUCUCAAACUUGGUUGGAUAUUCUUGAACAAUCCAAAUUCCAUGGUAGAUCUAAAGCUUGAAGUUUAUGAUCUCAUGAACCACAGCAAGAGAAGCAUCACUUUGCCUUUACAGUUCUGUGACACUUGA